UUCCUCUUCCUCCUCCUCCUCUUCUCGCGCAUCGCCAUCGGCAAGAAAUCCAGAGAUUUCCACCAGCAGCAGCAGUCUGGCAGAGAUUCUCCUCCGGGAAGAAGAAAUAUGGACGAUUUCGAGAAGGCAAUCUUUUUCAGCUUCAAUCCCACCGUGGACGCCAAUCUCAAGGCGCAGGCGACGGCGUUCGUCCAGCAGGCCAAGCAAUCGCCGACGAUAAUCCAGGCCUGCGUCGAGAAGCUCCGCUACUCGCAGUACGCCGAGGUCCAAUUCUGGUGCCUCCAGGCGCUGGAGGAGAUCGUCAAGCAGCGCUACUCUUCCCUCGCAUCGCAGCAGCGCCACCUCAUCCGAUCGUCUCUCCUGGCGGCGGUGUGCUUCUACGAUCGCGACGCCAGCAGCGCUCCAGCGGCGCCGCCCUUCAUCCGCAACAAGCUGGCCCAGGUGGUGGUGCUCCUUCUCUGCAUCGAGUAUCCAUCCCAGUGGCCGGGGGCGUUCGUGGAGCUCAUCUCCUUCCUCUCCAAGGGACCGAUGGUGGUGGACAUGUUUUGCCGGAUCCUCAUCGCCCUCGACGAGGAAGUGAUCAGCCUCGAGUUCCAGCGAUCGCCGGCGGAGCUGGCCCUCGCCACCCGGAUCAAGGACGCGAUGCGGCAGCAAUGCAUCGGCCAGAUCGCGGCGGCGUGGUACAAUCUGGUGGCGGUGUACAGGUCCGCUAGGCCCGACCUCGCGGCUCUGGUGCUCGAGGCGAUGCAAAGGUAUGUUUCCUGGAUCGACAUUGGAUUGGUGGCGAACGAGAGCUUUAUCCCACUCAUGCUGGAGAUCCUCGUCUCGCCGCAGGAGAACCGGGGGCUCCGUGGUGCCGCCGCGGAUUGCUUGCUGGCCGUGGUGUCCAAGAGGAUGGAUUCGUCGGCCAAGCUUGCGCUCCUGCGCCAGCUCCGUUUGGGACCAGUUUGCGCGAGGUUGACGAGCACCGAGGAUGGCGAGUUUGGGAGCAAACUUAGCGCGCUUCUCACUGGGUUUGCUGCGGAGAUUUUGGAGUGUGGGAAGGAGCGUGACACUGGCGAGAUGCUGGACGAGAUCCUUCCAUCGGUUUUCUACUUCAUGCAGCACGGUGACGAGGAUAUAUCUUCGACGACGUUCCUGUUUCUCAGCAACUUUGUCAAGUCGGCCACCGGGAAGCAGGCUACUCACUUGCGGCACAUAUUGGAGCUCAUUCGGUACAGGAUGCGGUACAGUGCCGACAUGAAGGAUGCUCUGGAUGUUUUUGACCGGGAGGGGGAGGAGGAGGAGGAGAGGAUGGACGAGUACCGGAAGGAGCUCCUCGUUUUGUUCCGUAGCGUUUACCGAGUUGCUCCGGAGGUGACAACUUCGUUCGUCAAGGGUGUGCUAGUUUCGAUUCUGGGAAGCUCCGGGACGCCGUUUGAGGAGGUUGAAGCCGGGAUCACGCUGCUGUAUUGCCUCGGGGAAGGCGUUCCUGAGAGUAGCUUGAAGGCGGACACUGGAGACUUGCCGGAGAUGCUCGGGGCGAUUUUGACAAUGACUGUUCCCGGCACGUCGCACCGGGCAGUGGCGAUCGUUUUUCUGGAAACAGUCAUCAGAUACGUAAAGUUUGUACAGCACCACGAGGCGUACGUUCCUGCUGUUCUUGGGGUGUUUCUGGAUGGCAGAGGGAUUCACCACCCGAAUCCUAAUGUCAGCUCCAAAGCAAGUUAUUUAUUUUCGAGGCUGGUGAGAACUCUUCGGUUGCAGUUGCUUCCUUAUGUCGACAGCAUACUACAGAGUUUGCAAGACACCUUGUGCAUUUCGGCAAAAAAAUCAUCUCCAGAAGAGAAAUUUUACACUUUCGAGGCUGUUGGCUUUCUUAUUGGAGCGGAGGAUUUGCCGCGUGAUAAACAAGAAAAAUAUCUCUCGGCCGUUCUUCUUCCCCUCUACCAACUGGUUGAGUCUACAUUGGCAAGCAAGGUCUCCUAUGCCGAUGGUAAUCAGGCUGCCACCGUCGCACUUCUGCAGCAAAUCGUGCUGGCUAUCAAUCACUUUAGCAAAGGUUUUGGAGAGCAGCUGCUUGUGAAUAGUCGUCCAGAACUUGGGAACACGUUCAAACAGUCCGUGGACGUCGUGUUGAGAAUUCUUCUCGCGUAUCCCAGAGUUGAUGCUCUCAGAAGCAAGGUUAUUUCCUUUCUUCACCGGAUGGUAGACAUUCUUGGUAGUUCAGUAUUCCCUAUUUUGCCAACUGCGAUACGGCAGCUGCUCUUGCAAAGCGAGUCCAAAGAUUUGGUGGAGUUCAUCCAGCUGCUUAACCAACUCAUAAACAAAUUCAAAUCUGCUAUGAACACAAUCAUUCAGGAGAUUUUUCCUUCAGUCGUAGAUCGGGUAUUUUUUCUUCUUCCAAAGGGCUCUAUUCCGGAGAAUGUUGUCAGCAAUACCGAGGAGAUGCGCGAGCUUCAAGAGCUACAAAAGGCAUUUUUUAACUUUUUGCAUGCGGUUACGUCGAACGACCUUUCAUCGGUGCUCCGUUUCCAAACCGGUGGAAGGCUCAAUGAGAUCAUCCUACUUUUGUUAGACAGUAGUUGCGGCCACAAGGACAUACUUGUGAGAAAGAUUUGCGUACAAGUCUUAUCUAGAUUGGCGUGGGACUGGUGCGGUAACAGCACAGUUGUGGAACAGGUUCCUGGAUUCCACCGGUUCGUGAUUGACAGGUUUGCCGCAGAUUGCUGCAUCCGAAGUAUUCUGCAGGCUUCGUUCAACCUCAACGAUGCCAAUACGGUGUCCUUGCUCAACGAGAUUGCAUCCGCGCAGAAGACAUUGUAUGAGAGGUGUGGCGAAGACUUUUUGAUACAGAUGGCAACCAAAGUCCUCCCGGCUGUUCGCUGUCCGCCGAACAUGGCCGAGGAGUAUUGCUUGCACAUUCAGCGAUCGGAUCCCAAGGUCUUGAAAACGUUCUACAGGAACUUUGCGGAGAAGCUCCGCUUCCAAUACAACUCCGGCAACCAAUAGCACGUCUAACAGUUUUGAUUGAGAAAUAAAAAAGAAUGGCUAUUUUAUAGAACGAUUGAUUCUUGCAAGCUUAAGUUACCCGAACUAAUGCUUGGAUCCCAUAAUGGAAACAAUCGGAAGAAACAAUUCACUUGA